AUAAAUCAACUCCUCCAAAUUCCAAAGACUGAGAUUCUAAUAGUAUCAAAGGUCCAUCUGACAGAGAAAAGAUAUGAUGAGCUAGAGAACCUUUUUGUCUAUAGAAUAAAAAUAAACUUUACUGGAGAUCCAGAAAAUUCAACUGGAAAAGUGGAUGUCACAAUAGUACUCAACAAGCAGCCCACCCUUUGGUACCAUAUUCAGACAAAAGUCAUAGUUCUAGAAUGA